CACCGUGAGAGAUUCUGUGAAACCCCCUCCUCUCUUUCUCGAUUUCUUGAUUCAGACCAUGACCGCCGAUUCGUCAUCGUCAAAGGGAUGCGUCGUCACCGGAGAGAGGGCAAAGAGCGAUGGGUUUGCUCGCCCAACCACCACCUCUUUCCACUCCUCUGCCGCCGUCGUUGGAAGAACCCAGAAACGAGUCCGACGCAUCGCUCUCCUUUUCGAACACAGCAUCCAAUCUGGCGACUCCCUCUCCCUCUAGAUUCCAGUUCCGGCUCCAUGCAACUCCCUUGUGCGGCGGCUCUCUCUUCCUCUCGAGGUCAGAUUCGGCGAGAUGCAGUCUCCCACCCGCAACGGUUCUCAGUCAGUCUAGAUUCCAGAUCCGGAGCGUGGCCGGCGACUCGCUCUUCCUCCCGAGGAGUUUCCAUGCUUUUGGAUCUGUAUUUGGUGGGAGCAUCAGGAGCAAAGGGAGGGCUACGACGAGAUGGCGGCGGGAUGGUUGCCGGAGAUCUGGAUCAAGAGAGGAGGCACCCGGAUUUCUUGACACCCCCAAAAAAUCCCUAAUCGGGCGGCGACUGGAGGUUGGAAUGGUGGUGAGGGCAGAGAGCAAGCUUGUUCGAUGCGGCGGCGACAACGACGACGGCAGCGGUUGGCGGCGAUUAGUGUAGGGAUGGGGAGAUGAGAGGAAAUCGAUAAAGAGAGGAGGUCUGG